AUGUGUUUGUGGCACCUAUGGACUACCCCAGGUGAUUCUUCUGAAAUACCAGAGCAAAUUUUGUAUAUCGUCCCAAUGAUUGGGCCUUUGCAUAUAUCCUUAAAUAGUCGUGAAACUGUAUUUCUUGAAAAUUAUGCAUUUUUUGACAAACUUUUUCAUGAGGUGUUUGGAUGUAAUAAGGUUUUGGCACAAAAGCCAAAACCUUAUAAAAUUAAUUUAUUACAUGAAUUAGCUUUUCAGGGAUGGUUCCGAGUACGUUCAAUGAUUCUGCGAAAAUUCGAAUGGUCCAAAGACCCAGAAGCCAGAUACCUCAUAAACUUGUUAGAUAACAUUAUUCCGCUGGUUUUGGAUUUCUAUCCCGUCAUAUUUCGUAGUGGAAAUUGGAUGGCAUUCAAGGAGGCAUUGUUUCAUAUUUGGGCUAUUUUUUAUCAAUAUAAGCAGAAUUUCCAUAGCUUACUUCGAUGGCAAAUACAGAAAUCGAAUACUCCAGAACAAAUUAUUUGA